UGCGCCGACGUGACCAUCGUCUUCGCGCGCGGCACCAACGAGGCCGGCAAUGUGGGCGGGCUGAUCGGCCCCGAAUUCUUUGAUGCAGUGGCUCGGCGGCUCAAGAGCAACGCCAAGGGUACCGCCGGCGCUUUGCUAGCCGUCCAGGGCGUCGCCUACGAGGCGAAAACGGCGACGUAUUUCCUCGGCGGCGACGCAGCGAGCAGCGUGAACAUAGCCGCUCUCGUGACACGGGCGCUCGCAAGCUGUCCCAGCACCAAGCUGGUCAUGGCCGGAUACAGCCAAGGCGCGCAGUUGGUCCACCGGGCGGCGGGGCUCCUACCGGCAGCGGCCGCGGCCGCGGCUAGGGUCGCCGCCGUCGUCACCUUUGGAUCUCCGGCCCACGGAAAGCCAGUCCCUAGCACGCCGCCGUCCAGCCAGCUGUCCAUCUGCCACGCCGGCGACAACAUCUGCCGCGGCGGUAGUCACCUCCUCGCGCUGUCGCACUUUACCUAUAUCGAGGAUGUCGCGCGGGCCGCCGGCUUUGUUGUUGCUCGUCUCUCUGAGCAGGCGCCCCCAGUGUAG